AUGGCUUCUCCAGAGUGGUCGUCAAGUAGGUGCUUCUUGUGUGAUAGUCAAGCAUUUGAUAAAGUUUGUUUUUCUCACUCCGCCGGAUGCAACACGCGCCGUCGGACUUGCCUCUACCAAGUCUCGUACGGAGACGGUUCUUUCACCGUCGGCGAUUUCGCCACCGAGACGCUGACUUUCCGGCGAAACCGAGUUAAAAACGUCGCUGUCGGGUGUGGUCACGACAAUGAAGGUCUCUUUGUCGGAGCAGCCGGUUUGUUAGGUCUGGGAAAAGGAAGAUUGUCGUUUCCCGGUCAGACCGGUCGCCGGUUUAAUCAGAAGUUCUCUUACUGUUUAGUCGACAGAUCUGCUUCCUCGAAGCCUUCCUCCGUUGUCUUCGGAAACGCCGCCGUUUCACGUACAGCUAAGUUCACUCCCCUUUUAUCGAAUCCGAAGCUUGAUACUUUCUACUACGUGGAGCUACUAGGAAUAAGCGUGGGAGGGACGCGCGUCCCCGGCGUAGCCGCUUCUCUUUUUAAACUCGACCCGAUAGGUAACGGUGGAGUUAUUAUUGAUUCGGGUACAUCUGUGACCCGGUUGAUCCGACCCGCUUACAUCGCUAUGAGAGACGCUUUCCGUGUCGGAGCCAAGAGCCUCAAACGGGCGCCGGAUUACUCUCUCUUCGACACGUGUUUUGAUCUCUCCAAACAAAACGAGGUUAAGGUCCCGACGGUGGUUCUACACUUCCGUGGAGCUGAUGUGUCACUUCCGGCGACAAAUUACCUGAUUCCGGUGGAUACUAACGGUAAGUUCUGUUUUGCGUUCGCCGGUACAAUGAGCGGCCUAUCCAUUAUCGGGAACAUCCAGCAACAGGGUUUCCGGGUUGUUUACGAUUUAAUGGGUUCCCGAGUCGGGUUUGCUCCAAGAGGAUGUGCUUAA